AUGGACUCUGGGUUCUUCCUGACCGUAUCCUUGGAGUCGAUCCUGAAAGUAGCCAAACACGCUUCGGAAAACAACAAGAUCUUCUGCUUAAAUCUGUCAGCUCCAUUCAUCUGUGAGUUCUUCAAGGAGGCCCUGAUGAAGGUUAUGCCCUAUGUGGACAUCCUUUUUGGCAACGAGACGGAGGCCGCCACGUUUGCACAAGAGCAAGGCUUUGAGACUGAAGACAUUGAGGAGAUUGCGAAGAAGGCCCAAAGCUUGCCCAAAGAGAACAAGAAAAGGCAGAGGAUUGUUGUCUUCACCCAAGGCAAAGAAGGAACUGUAAUGACCAAAGGUGACAAGGUGGAGACGUUCCCUGUCCUGGAGAUCAACCAGAGCGAGAUAGUGGACACCACCGGUGCUGGAGACGCCUUUGUUGGAGGUUUCCUGUCUCAGCUGGUACAGGAUAAGACCUUUGAGCAGUGCAUCCGCGCUGGACACUACUCUGCUAACGUCAUUAUUCGCCACGCGGGCUGCACAUUCCCAGAAAAGCCAGACUUCCACUGAUGGGCCACUGAGAGACCGGAAGAUACGGCCGCCCGAGUGUUUUAUAGGACUAAUGCCUUUUUUUAAUUGACUUUUUAAUCUUCUGUUCAUCUUUCCUCUCUUGUUCACUGCCUGCCUUCUGCUGUGCCUUUGUUGUCUCACAGCCUAAUACGAUCACAGAGACAUAUUUCACAUUAAAAACUGUUUACAAAAGAGGCAAAAGAGGAAUUUCUGUUGGAAAUAUUGAUUUGUUUUUACUAAAGCCAUUUUAGUAUCACGGUUAAGAGUGAUGAUCAUAACCAGCAUCUUUCCAGAUGUGGUGUUUGCUAACAAAAUUUAUUUUAGUCGUAAUUAGCUAUAAAAACUGAAGCCAAUAUUGCAAACAUACAGAAGCCGGAUGAAUCAUUUGAGCUUUUUUGAAAUCAAAGGCUCGUUUUAUCUCAGAGAAAUUGUGUUGGCCAGUCUUCCUGUUGUAAACCAAAUGUAUUUGUGGGAAACACUUAAAUGUGUCACAAACUGCCAAAAUAAACAAAAAAGGCUGUAUUACUGUAUUACUGACUGUAUUCUCUUCCUAACCUUAUAAAUGGG